GAGCAACAGUGUUAAAAGAGAAGAAGCGAAAAAAGCCAAAGAAAGCGAGGGACGAGGAUGGCUCACAUAGCAGUGGAGAGGAACAGGAGGAAGCAAAUGAAUGAGCACCUCAAGGUCCUGCGUUCUCUCACACCAUGCUUCUAUGUAAAAAGGGGAGAUCAAGCAUCGAUCAUAGGUGGUGUUAUCGAGUUCAUAAAGGAGCUGCACCAAGUCUUACAGGCUCUUGAGUCUGCGAAAAGGAGGAAGAGCUUGAGCCCAAGCCCAUCUCCCAGCCCAAGGAUGGCGCUGGCUCCUCCCGGCAGCCCACCGAUCUUCGGGUUCGACAACAUCCGGGAGCUGAGUGCGUGCUGCAACUCUUCUCUCGCUGACGUCGAAGCCAAGCUGUCCGGCUCCAAUGUCCUCCUGAGAACCAUUUCCAGGCGAAUUCCCGGCCAAGUAGUAAGAAUAAUCUCCGCCCUGGAGAGGCUUUCCUUUGAGGUCCUUCACUUGAACAUCAGCAGCAUGGAUGACACGGUUCUCUAUUCCUUCACAAUCAAGAUAGGACUUGAGUGCCAAUUGAGUGUGGAGGAAUUGGCUCAUGAAGUGCAGCAGACCUUCACCUGAAUGUCAUGAUGUGGACAUGAAGGAAUGGAAUUUUUCUCAGCAGAAACAGUGUCAAAUAAGAAAACUUUAUGUAUAAUUGAAGCUAUCUGUCUUUGCGAAUGUUUGUCAUGUUUAUUAUGUGAUGUUUCAGUUCAAGUGAACUGGUUAGUGCUGUAGUGCCCAAAUGAGAGAAUGUGUAAAUUUACAAAGUCGUUAAAUAUGAUGCGGAGGAAACCAGGCACCAGUUUUCUAUGAUGAUCAGAUGCAAAUUUACAGUAUACAA